AGGGAAAUUAAAAGAGCUAAAGAAUGAUGAGAAAUGAGAGAGUUGUGAAGUGGUUAAAUAAAGCAAAGCCAUAUUUGGGAGUGGCGUUCUUGCAGCUCAGCAACGUAGGCUCCGCUAUCAUUUCAAAGGUUGCUCUAAAUCAAGGGAUGAACCCUUUCACUUUCACCGUCUACCGGAAUGUCAUUUCAGCCGGUUUCUUCGCUCCUCUCGCCUUGAUUUUUGAAUGGAGAACGAGGCCUACGAUGACCAUCUCCAUCUUCUUCAAGAUAAUUUUGCUUGGCUUAAUAGAGCCUGUUCUCGGCAACAAUUUAUAUUACUUAGGAAUGAGAUUCGCAACAGCUACCUUUGCGGUGACAAUGUUAAACCUUGUUCCUGCCAUAACAUUUUUGUUAGCUUGGAUCUUUAGGCUUGAGAACGUGAAAAUAAAGAGAUUGCAUACCCAGGCAAAGAUAGUUGGAACAACAUCAACAAUUGGUGGGGCCAUGAUAAUGACGCUUGUUAAGGGACCCACAAUAGUAUUGCCUUGGACCAAACACUCGAAAAACAUCGUAUCUUAUUCUGCUCAACAUGUUGUGAAUCAGCAUACUGAUUACAUUAAGGCUGCACUCUUGCUCACAGCUUGUUGCUGCUGUAUAGCCUGUUCUAGAAUUGGUCAGGCAAUUAUGCUAAAGUCAUAUCCAGCCGCACUCUCUCUCACUGCUUUGAUAUGCAUGGCAGGGGCGGUGCAAAGCACUAUAUUCACCUUAAUACUCCAGAGGGGAAAUGCUUCCAUCUGGUCCUUACAUUGGGACAUGAGACUCUUUACUUAUGUUUAUCACGGAUUACUAAGGUCUGGGACUGAGUAUUACAUAUCAGUGAUAGUAAUGAAGGUGAAAGGACCUGUUUUCGUCACUUCAUUCAAUCCCCUAUGCAUGGUUAUAGUCGCCAUCGUUAGUUCCUUUGUGCUUUCUGAGAAAUUAUACCUGGGAAGGGUUUUGGGAGCACUAGUUAUUGUUGUUGGAUUGGGCCUGGUUCUAUGGGGUAAAUCCAAGGAUCAAACUUCAUCAGAUAAUAAUGAUCAUAAUCAUGCCCGCAUCACCAGCACCAGCAACUCCACUUGAUCAUGAAAAAUCACAAGUGCAAGGCUUCAACAAGGAUAUUAUAUACAGUGUCUUUGAAUUGAAAGAGCUAGCUGCGUGCCUUUAAUUUGUUACAUCUAGAUCCAUCUGUGAAUCUCUGUAACUGUUAAUUAACGUGUUAGUUGUUUAUUCUAAUAGUUAAUAGAAAUUAAAGGGUGAUGCAGAAGUAAGCCUAAUUAAUAAGCCGGUAAUG